UUGUCAGUUGCUAGACAAUUUAAGAGACACAUUUCAUUUAUUCUCACAACUCUUUUGGAAGACAUGGUGCUUUCGGAUUACUUUCUUUUUUAAUGUGCGCAUUGGGGACUCUACAUCUUAUUAAAAAUGAGAUUGCAAUGACUCUAGUACAUCAAAGGACUGAAUCGGCACAAUGCUAUAGAGUAGCCAAAGACAUAAUGUAGGCUAAAUGUAAAUAUGUAAAAUGGAAACAACUAAAUAAUACAAAUCAGCAACAUCAAUUUCUGUGUUGUUUGUCUCCCUGCCAGACUAAUUUCAAAGGGUUGAGAUUUUUAUUAAAAGAAGAAGAAUGAAAAGAGUCACAAUUCUGCUUCAAAGCUGUUCCAAAUUGGCUGUUUUGCCCCCAUCUUUCCUCUCCAGGUUACAGUGCCUCCUUCAAGUCUAAGCAAAGAUCUGGCCGAAGAUGGCUUUUGCAAGUGCAGUCACCCAGCCUGGCGAGACCAGCCUGGAUUCCUACAGGAAUGACAGCGUGGUGCUGUCCCUGUAUGGAAACCUGGUGAACGACACAGACUUCAUGUGUGACAGGAGGCAGGUCAGACAGUUUGCUCAAGCUUUCCUGCCAGUGUUUUUCUGGGUCAUCUUCUCUGUGGGCACAGUGGGAAACGCCUUGGUCGUGCUUGUCUAUUGCAAAUACUGCUUCAGGAGGAGCAUGAUGGAUUGGUACCUGCUGCACCUGGCCAUUGCGGACCUGCUUCUCCUCUUCACCCUUCCUUUCUGGGCCAAGGCUGCCUCAGAUGGCUGGAUCUUCAAGAAUUUCAUGUGCAAAGUUGUCAACAGCAUGUAUAAGAUCAACUUCUACAGCUGCAGCCUGUUUCUAACCUGCAUCAGCUUUGACAGGUACAUCACUGUUGUCCAGGCGACGAAAGCUAAAGCUUCUAAGCGAAGGCGGCUCCUGCGCAGCAAACUCAUGUGCCUGGCUGUUUGGCUGACAUCUGUGAGCCUGUGCAUCCCAGAAAUCAUGUACAGCCAAAGCACGCAGGUGGGUGAUGUAACAGUUUGCAAAAUUACCUACCCGCCAAAUGUCAGUGUGUUUUUCAGAGUUACUGUCCUGGCUUUGAAAGUCACAAUUGGAUUCUUCCUCCCCCUCCUUGUCAUGGUUAUUUGUUAUGCUCUUAUCAUCAAGACCCUCCUGCAAGCCAAAAGAUCUCAAAAGCAGAAGUCUCUGAAGAUCAUCAUCAUGAUCAUCACCGCUUUCCUUCUCUCUCAGUUCCCGUACAAUAUUGUUUUGCUGGUCAAAGCCAUCAGAACCUACACCAAGGUGGCAUACAGCUGCCAGGCUGCGGACCAGCUGGACAUCGGGCUGCAGGUCACCCAGAGCAUCGCCUUCCUCCACAGCUGCCUCAACCCCUUCCUCUAUGUCUUUGCUGGGGAGCGGUUCAGGAGGGUGCUGGGCAGGAUGAUGCAAAGUGGUGGCUGCUGCCGGAGCUGGGGACAAGAGCAGUUCUCCUCUGCCUGCGACAGCCAGGACCACAGCUCAAACUGGUCCUUCGCCAUGCUGGGCAGCCGGCGGGUAAGGAGCUCCCUGACCCUCAGCACCCACCUGGCCUCUAUCAUUAUGCCCCCUCCUUGCCAAGACCUCUUGUAACUUAGUCCCCCUCAAUCUGCUCCAGAGGAGCACCGAAUUAUCUGGAAACCCAAAGACUAUCCCAGAGGAGUGGGGACGGCUGGGCGCUCCUCAUGUGCCCCAUCCUCACCGUGAAAGACCCAACCGGCAUUUGCUGGCUGAAAGGGAAACCUUUGGCACAGGGCAGCAAAAUGGACCCAUAUGUGUUGUAAGCAGAACUGACAGAUGAUAAAAGCUAUUUUUGCGACAGCUGUAAACACCCAUCCUAUCUGCAGCUCAGACCACAAUGCGAAACAACAAACCUCACAGGGAGGAGAUGAGCCCAGCUACGACAGCAACAGAGGAGGAUAAAGUAAGUUGAGCCGCUGUUUUGUGCAUAGGAAGCAGCAGGAGGGGGUUCAGCCCUCAUUUUCUGACCAGCUGUGAUCUCCUACAGAGGUUGCCGGGCUCAGGAGCCCCGCUCACACCAUCUCUGCUGUAAAGGACAACUGUUCAGCUCCUACACUGGUUCAUUGCAGCAGACAAAUGCUGCUGUCUGUUUUGCUGCACGGGUGGUUCGUGUUGAAAAGGAAAGCAAUUCUUUCUUGUUCACAAAAUGAUCAUUACAGAAUUAGAUUGAUCUUUCUCCUCUCUUUUAGCUGUGUGAUGCAAGGUGAAAUUUGGUGUUAUUUGUUUCAACUCUUAUUUUGCUACUGGUGUUUUUUGUGGUCCCUGCAACAAGUUGCAUCUCACAAUAAAAAUUUAUGUGCUUCAGAGACGCUGACUUGUUUGUCCUGGAGAUAUUUGCCAUACCAUGGUGUGCAGCCAUUGUAAAACAGGCUGCAAAAACAAAACCCAUGGUUCAACAGGCCUCUGGUUGUGUGUUGAUAUCUUUGCUAACGGUGAGAAAAUAUAUUUAGCCUGGGGCCAGUAAGACAGAGAGUAAUUAAGCGUCAAACCUAACAUUAAUGACAGUUGGGUUAGGACUUCAGUUUGGUGGAGGUAACAAUUCCCAAAAGCCGCGUGCUGUAAUGAGCCCCACAAGUUGUAGAGGGCUUUCAGUGUGCCGGUGUUGGUGCCGUAAUGGGGCCCAGGGCCACAGGGCGCUGCGUGGCCAUUCCCCUCACUCAUCCCCUCCUGGGGACACGGUGUCACCCAACCGCAGCCUGCACCUCUCUGUCUUCAAUGGCAAGUUGUGUGCUCGGGGGGCUUCCUUUUAAAUAAUCACAUCUAACGUGGUAAAUAUUUCUUGCAGGAAGAAAGUGGUUUUGUUGCGCAUUAAUCAUUAAGGUGUGUCAAUAAACAUGAGCUCUCUGUGCAAGGUUUGGCUCUACUUUUUUCACUAAUAACGUAUGUCUGAGCAGAUGGGGUUCUAGUUUCAUAUACAUUUAUUCAGAUUUUUAAUUUUUUUUUUUUACUUUUUCAUUUGGAAAAAAAAUGGUGAAAGAUGUAUGUAUUUUUUACUACAUGUGUAAGAAGGGUUUGGCAGGGUGUUGCAAAUUUUGUUGAGCUCAAUGUGAAUGGAAGCUGAAAUUCUGUUAAAUAAAGGCACUGCCACAUACACAUCCUUCCCAGGUUUGGAUCCUCAUGCAUAAUCUGUUUCCAAUGACAGGAUUUACCCCUCCCAAGAAAUGCCUGAAGAAAACCUUGCUAACAGGGUUUACUACACGUGUUUAAGCCCUGGGGUGCGGAAGCUGCAGCUGAGGACCCCACAGGCACCCAAGCGGCUUUCGGCUCCUGAGGCAAAGGGUGGGGUGCAGUUUUGGGGGGAGGACAGGCUUCUCAGGGUGUGGGAGGAGGAAGAACGCUGCUUCUCCACAGCAGCUGAGCCCCACCACCCCUUCCCAGGGAUGGGGGCGAGGGUCCUCCUACCGAGGGGUCCUCCCAGCCCCAAAAAAGCCCUUGAGCCAUGCAAACAAACAAGUGUGCAAACCUUAGCUGCUGCCAACCCGCCAUCCUGCCUGGUGGCCUCGAGCUCCUCUCUACUGCACAGCCCCAGGAACUUGAAUUUCGGGGCCUUCUCGAUGAAGGUAAAGCUCCUGUGCUCUGUGAAAUGUGGUGGGAAAUUUUCAUGCUUGGUUGACAAAUGAAACUGUUGAGGGAGGUGAAACGGUGAUGAACUUUCAGCAGUUUGGGGCAGCAGGGUCAUCCCCAGGUCAGGCACGUCCCGCUCUGAGUCAGGCUGCUCCCCAAUGUUUUGCCGGGGGCAGCGGGGAACGAGCCCUCCCCCAGAGAAUAUUUUCCCUCAUGGGGUCUGUCCUGCUAGGACUGCCUGUGGUCCAGCAGCUGCUGGUAGCUUCCCAGGCUGCUGUUAUUCACCCAAACUCAUGAGGGAGCUGCCUUCCUAAGGACCCUCUGGCUGCAGCCUCAUCCCUGGCAGGGUCCCUUGCUGCUGGCCACUUGGUCAUGGAGGUGUCUCCUGCCAUUGUCCCCUUCUCCAUCUGUCAGGAAUCUCUGUCCUCCAACAGCACAUCUCCUUGUGGCCAGGCCUUCCCAGGGCUCUUCUGUCCAUCUGCCCCGAGGUUUUAGCUGAAUUUAUCCCACCAAAAUCCUUCUCAUGCCUCCCUAGGGUGUCUCCAACCUUUAUCUGAUGCUCUCUUCUGGAAGGGGAGGUUCCCCAAAGAGGAGGGGUACUGCCCUGCCCCACAGCCCCCUCAUCCCUCACACGGGAUGCUGCCUGCAUCUUCACAGAAUCACAGAAUGUCAGGGAUUGGAAGGGACCUCAAAAGAUCAUCUAGUCCAAUCCCCCUGCCAGAGCAGGAACACCUAGAUGAGGCUACACAGGAAUGUGCCUAGGUGCAUUUUGAAUGUCUCCAAAGAAGGAUCUUACCCACAGAUCCAGCAGGAUGGUCACCGAGAAGUUGUUAGAAGCCUUGGGAGAGAUUUGAGAUCUUCCAUAGAUCUUUUCUCCUCUCUUUAAGGCCAUUUUUUCCCAGAUGUUCCCAGUUUUCAGUUGCGGUCUCCUCUGCUGUCCUUUUUCUUUGAAGGAGCAUCUUGGCUUGUCUCUGCCGUAAGUGUUGCACUGUCACCCUGAAACCUUUCGUUUUGAAUCCUAGUCCCCAUUUCAGAGUUCUCAGAGCCAGAAGGGUGCCAGAACCCUGGAUUUAAUCAAGGUGGAACCAGGCCUGACCUACCUCCUGGCCUAGCACGCCCAAACUAUGCAAGAGCUGGGUGUCAUGCCGUAGUGCGGAUGGCCACAGCAGUAGAUUUGGGUUGCUGUCAGUUCCCUACAGUAAACAGCUUGGAGGUAUCUGCGACUGAGGUGCAGGCAGUCACGUAGCAUGGUACCAUCCCGCUUGUGGUACAAAGAGAGGAAGCUGGGUGAGUGAAUGAGAAACUUUCACUCUCUGCAGACAAACCCGCCCUGCUGGUGCCUGCUCCUGCCUGAAACACAGACAUGGUUUAUAGAAGCGCCUCUUCCAGAGAGCAGGAAAAUGACAGAAAGGUGUGAGAGAAGGGUGAUGGGUGCUGCAAACAUCACUGAAGUCCAUGGAGAUAAAGCAGCCUAAAAUCAGAACCAUCAGUCCGAGUUCAGUCUGUGCAAACCUGCCAAGUAUGAUCUGGAUCAAUUCUCCAUCCUUUAACUGACCAGAUGCUGUAGUCCCAGCAGUGCCAGGUGCUGUUUUUUCCAGGCCUCCUGGGUCAUUUAUGUUUUGAAACCUUAUAUUUCAGAGCAUCCCUGUGCCAUCUCAAAGGCUAACGGAUAGGAUACUGCUCUUCUGUGGCAGCUUUAUGUGGUCCGCACAGCAGAAUGUUGUACUGGGUGCACCAAGGCCAAUUCUUGGGGCAAGGAACAGGUGGGUUAAGACCCUAAGUAAGGCAGUGCUAGUUCUGGGAGAGCCUUGUUCCUAGCACCAAUGAAGGGAGGAGAUAUUGUACAGCAUGGCUAAACAUGUACACCAAGGCUUUUAACAUCUAUAGCCUCCCCUGCAGCGUUGUUGUACAGCAAGGUAUGGUCACUUACAUAUGUAUUGCAGGUCCCCUGUAGCACAGGCCAGGCUUCAAUGGAGACUCUGUCCCAGCAAGAAGCCUCUCUGGGUGGAGAGGGGACGGGAAGCGCCACAGCCUCCACCUCAGCAGGAAACUCCCAAGCGGAAACAGAAAUAACGUGUAAAAGAAGCAAUGACUGGUUAUGAUGGGGCCUGUUGUCCUCUUGCCCACAUUCGGUUGGCCCCAGCAGUUCAGACCAGC